UCAAUUCCAACAACCUUAUUAUUGUUUGUAAUAUGACGUUAUUUAAUUUAGUAUUUGAUAUAUAACUCUUUGUUUACCUUGCUGCUUUUGCGCCAAAAGAUUUGUUGUGUUACACUUGCCCCUUCUAACCUAGUUUGUAUGCUUGGGGUAUAAGCUGUUAUACUAACAUCAUAUCAAACUAUUUUAUAUUGAGAUUGAUUUAGUCGAUAUUUAGCAUUUGAGGUACCAAUAAACUUAUUUCUCCUAGUCAUAGCAAAGUCCAUACACUGAUUAAUGACUAAUGACAUGUAAAACUUGAAACUAAGUAUAACAUUUAAUUAGUCAUGAAUCUACGGCAAAAAAUAUGCGAGAAGAAAAAAAAAACCUUUAACAUAAGUCCUAGUGAAAGAAGAAACUUUCCUAAUCAACAACUGGGAAAACGUGGGUUAAAAAGAAAAAGAAAAAAACUCAUACAUGAAAAGGAAAAAAGAACUCAAUUAGGGUAAGUCCUAACGAAAGAGGGAAACUUGUCUAAUCGACAGCUAGAAAAACGUGGGUUAAAAAGUAAAAAAAAACUUAUACGUGAGAAGAAGGAAAAAAAACUCAUUUAAGGUGAGUCCUAAUGAAAGGGGGAAACUUGUCUAAUCGACAAUUAGAAAAACGUACAUUACAAGAAAAAAUAAUUUUUAAGGUAAGUAUUAGGUGGUCCUACGGUACACCCUCCCACAUCUCACAUACCCCUUAAGCAUACUUGCACUUUAUAUAUACUAACUAAUGAUACAGUUGGAUGUGUUUUCAAAAAUAAGAUCGUGAUUACUACUUCCAAUUAAAUUGAUUUUAGAGUUUUGUGUUUACAAAUUUGGUCUAGAUUACAAAUAACAAGUAGAAUUAGACUAUUAGAGUAUAUUACCACAUUUCAAUAACAUCAUCUUAUUAAGAGCAUAACCUACCCUAAAUUCACUUUCACUGGGUACCAAAAGACUCUAGAUAUAUAAUAUGAAGAGGCAGUAAGUAACCAUGACCAUGCAUUGACAUUAGAAUAAAGGGUUAUAGGUAUAAUAUGCCUCUCUAUUAUUCGAUUUAUCAAACAUGCCCCUGUACUAUUUUUUACAUCAAACAUGCCCCUAUACUUUAGAAAAAUGAUCAAACAUGCCCUUCUGUUAAUAUUUUCAUCCAAAAACAGUCAACCACGGUCGUACCUUGGUUUGGGCGACACAAAUGUCUAAAUUAUCCCUGGUAAUUUCACUUUAGAAUUGUUGGGUUCUUUUGUAGAGCCAAAUACCUCUAAUAAUUUCACUUUAACGAGACCUAGAAAAAUAAAAUGGGGGACAAAACAGACAUUUUCUCUCUCAUUUACCGAUGUCGGGUCGUCUACAUCUCGGUUCAACCAUGAUUGACGAUUUUUUUAAUGAAAAUUUUAACAGAAGGGCAUGUUUAAUCAUUUUUCCAAAGUACAAGGGCAUGUUUGAUGUAAAAAAUAGUAAAGGGACAUAUUUGAUAAAACUACAUAGUAAAGGGACAUAUUAUACCUAUAACCCUAGAAUAAACUAUAUAACUAGACACUAUAAAUUCAAGUUUGGAAAUGCUGACAUACUUUUCCUUUCGCUAUAUACUAGGAAUGGGAGAAAUUCGAAAUGAAUCCACUUGCAUUGCUAUAUACUAGGAAUAGAAAUUCAAUUUUCAGUUUUGCUAUAUACUAGGAAUAGAAAUGUAAAUAGAUAAAGAAAAAAAAACAAAUUAUCAUGACUUCCAUGCAUGCAAGCAUGAACACGUACAAAAACGCGGCGAGACAGCUCCAUGCUGAGAGACGAGUGGUGAAGCGAUUAACUUGCAAGCCCACUAAAACAACGAUGGAAAACAAUUAACACGACCUUAACCUGCUUCUCGCUCUCAUGUGAAGUGGAAAACAUUUCUCAACGCAAAUCACAGUGUCAUUAACCAACUUCAAACUCCAACAUAGCUACAACCUCCUCCUCUCAUAAUUUCCAAUAAACUCAAUUCCCUCCAUCCAUUUUUUUGUUUUCAGUUACAUUAGAUCCGUUUGUCUGUUUUUAGUGUGAAGUGUUAGAUUCACACAAAUAUUUAUCGCGAUCUCAGAAGAUAUAGGGAAAGAAAGAAGUGCACGACGCAGGUUGUACUCGCCCAAAAAUACCACAUCACGAAUACCACUAUAUUAUCAUCGAUCAGUUACUCUUCUCCAUUGGGUUGUGGAGGGUGUUCUAUCUAUCUCUUGCAAAUUUCUUCAACAAAAUUUUGAUCAAAUUCACAGAGAAAAAAAUCAAAGGGAAAGGAAAACCUGUCACACAACCAGAAAUAUUAUUCUGUCAAUGUUGUCACAUUGUAUUGAGAUGCACUGAAGAUUUCCACACAUAACAAAUUCAAGAACCCUCCACUCUUCCCCACCACCACCUUCUUCCAUUUUCUCUCCAUUUUGGUUUGGGUGUCACAUAGAGAGAGAUGGAGAUCACAGGUUCUAACGAGGAAGUUCUGAUCAUCGCCGCUGCCGUCGCACCAAUGGAGGAGCUUCCGGUGGCUGCCGGACAAGUGGAGGUGAAGCUGGCGCCAGGGGCGGAGGCAGGGGUCGCGCUCAAGGAGGAGGCGCCACCGCCGCCUGACAAAAUCAACACCAACGAAGCCCCAUUUGCCGCCGUCCCCAUUUCACAGAUCGCCAAGGGGAAGAGGACCAAGCGGCAGCGAGUUCAAUCUCCCGUCGACGCGGUCUCCACCGCCCCUGCCGCCAGUGCCAAUUCCUCCGUCGGGGACGAGGUCUUGGAAGACGCUGCUGCAGACGACGACGAGGAUUAUAACUUCGACGACGAAGACGUCGUCGACGACAUCGAGAAUUCGACAUCGUCGUCGAUCCUGCCACCGUCGCAAAUUCCGCCGGUGGCAGGAAACACCAAGGAAGAGGAGGAUAUGGCGAAUUGCCUCAUCCUCCUCGCGCGGGGCCAUUCCGUCAUUUCCAACAACAACAUCACCAUCAUUUCCUCCCCCAACGCUGCCGCCAGCAACCACGGCGGCGGCGGAGGAGGAAAAUUCACCAGCAGGAGGUUCAUGGAGACGGCCCCUGCCGCCGGCGGGAAGGCAGGGUACUACGUGUACGAGUGCAGGACGUGCAGCCGGACGUUCCCGUCGUUUCAGGCGCUCGGCGGACACAGGGCCAGCCACAAGAAGCCCAAGAACACCAACACCACCACCACCAGCAACAACAACAAUGCCACGACGGCGACAAUGCUCAACGGCAGAUUCAUGACCGUGAACAUGUCCUCCGACGAAGAGGACAACCGCAUCAACAGUCUCAGGGACAUGAAUUCGUCCCUCAACCUUCAAUUGAACAGCCAAAACCACCGAUCCGGUGGGAAUUAUAACUCAACGAUGUACGGAAACCACCACAAGGGGAGCAACGGCAGCAAGGUGCACGAGUGCGGAAUCUGCGGGGCGGAGUUCAACUCCGGGCAGGCGCUGGGAGGGCACAUGAGGAGGCACAGGGCGCCUCCCGUCGCCGCCGCGGCGGCAGCUUCUCCCGCUGCAGCAGCUGCAGCGAGUGCCGCCGCGACGACGACCAGUCUGUCCUUGGUAACGGCUACCAACGGACAUAAUAACGGCUAUGGCAACGGUAAUAAUAGCCGCGGUAACAAUCACAAUUGCAACAAGAACAACGUGGGGGAAGCGACGGCGGCGGGGAAGAGAGGGAGAGACGGAAGCAGUUUGAGCAUGUCAUUGGACUUGGAUCUCAAUCUGCCGGCGCCGGAGGAAAAGCAGCAGCUUCAAUCGGCGUUUGCUUCUAAGCAGCAGCAUCAGCCGCCGCAGAAGAAACAGGCUCUAGUGUUUCCCAGCCCUGCUUUGGUGGAUUGCCAUUACUAAUAUAACGAAGCGACUUACUCGAAGACAGGGUCAAACAGGAAAUUAAGAUGUUUUAUAUAUAUAUAUAUAUGAUUGAAUCAUUUCUUUUUUUAACCCUGCAUUAUAUACUCUUUUGAUUACUAUUUUUAUUUUUUGUUUUGGUUUUUGUUUUUUUUUGUUUUUUACACUCAUCCGGCUGAGGAAUGAAUUAAUUGUUCAUGU